GAGCGGAGCGGAUCCGAGCAGAGCAGCGCAGCAGGGCGCGGGAGCGGCGCGGCACAGCGGGGCAGAGCGCAGCGGGCGGCCCCGGCGGGGACAUGAGAGCGCCGCGUUCCGCGCUGCCCGGGCGGCUGUCGCCGCGGGAGUCGCUGGAGCCUUUCAGCCCUUAGCGCGGGCUGCGGGGUUUCUGCAAGUCAUCUGAGGCAGCGUCCCCCGCAGCGCGUUCCCCGCUCUCAAGGAACCCGAUCGGAUUUAUUUGGGAUUUUUGUGCUUUUUUUUCUCCCCUUCCCCCCUUUGUGCUGUGUGUCGUGUUUUCUCAUCACCUGCCAUGGUUAACUUUUUUUGUGACUCGGUUUAACUCUCGAGAUCUACAUGAAUGUUGUUAAGAGCACUUUUGCCUUUGCUGUCCCUUGCUGGGAUCGGAUCUGAUACUAUCUGGACUCUAUGUGCCUGUAUGUUUGUUCUGAGUGUCUUGAAAUUUUGCUUUCCUUUACAAGAGCUAUGCAUUAUUUGUAACCAAGAAAACCAGUGAAUUACCGUAGGCUGGGCUUGACCUUGAUUUUGAUGGCUUUGUUGGAAGACCUAAUGAUGUGAUUGUAUUUCAUGAAGGGAUUUCUCUCCAGCCCCUAUGGCUUAGGAUAUAAGACACUUCUGUCACGCUGUUACUUAUGGACAAUUCAGAUAUUUUUUUAGACCUACCUUUUGGGUUUUCUUUCUUUCCUCACUUCCCCUUCCCCCCAUUUCUCCUUAAUACUGGGAGCCUUAUUCUAGACUUUGAUGUGACUGACCAUCCUCCUGCUCUGUGCUGCUGUUUUCUUUUUAAAGUACAAUGGCUCUAAGUGGCAACUGCAGGACUUACCUCCCUGCCCGAGAGCAGGGAUCUGGGCUGCAAUCCUUCCCAGAGGUUGUGGAGCUAAAUGUGGGUGGCCAAGUUUACUUCACUCGCCACUCCACCUUGGUUGGCACCCCUCACUCCUUGCUGUGGAAAAUGUUCACCCCAAAAAGAGACACAGCCAAUGAUCUGGCCAAGGACUCCAAGGGAAGAUUCUUCAUUGACAGAGAUGGUUUCCUUUUUCGCUAUAUUCUGGACUAUCUCAGGGACAAGCAAGUUGUUCUGCCUGACCACUUCCCUGAAAAGGGAAGGCUCAAGAGGGAGGCUGAGUACUUCCAGCUCCCAGACUUGGUCAAACUCCUGACUCCUGAUGACAGCAAGCAAAGCCCCGAUGAUUAUUGCCACAGUGACUACGAAGAGGUCUCCCAAGGCAGUGACACAAGAAUAUGCCCCCCUCCAUCUCUCUUACCAUCAGAUCGAAAGUGGGGAUUCAUUACCAUUGGGUACCGGGGUUCAUGCACUAUUGGCAGGGAGAGCCAAGCAGAUGCCAAAUUCAGGAGGGUCCCAAGGAUUUUGGUUUGUGGAAGGAUCGCUUUGGUCAAAGAGGUGUUUGGAGAAAGUUUGAAUGAAAGCAGAGAUCCAGACAGAGCUCCAGAAAGGUACACCUCCAGGUUUUAUCUCAAGUUCAAGCAUCUGGAGAGGGCUUUUGACAUGUUAUCCGAGUGUGGAUUCCACAUGGUGGCCUGCAACUCCUCUGUGACAGCAUCCUUUGUCAAUCAGUACACUGAUGACAAGGUCUGGUCCAGCUACACUGAAUAUGUCUUCUACCGUGAGCCGUCCCGCUGGGCCUCGUCCCACUGCGACUGCUGCUGCAAGGAUGGCAAAGGCGAGAAGGAGGGUGAGAGCGGCACAUCCUGCAACGAGCUGUCGACGUCCAGCUGUGACAGCCAGUCGGAGGGCAGCUCCCCGCAGGAGACCGUCAUCUGCGGCCCCGUCACGCGACAGCCCAACAUCCAGACGCUGGACCGCCCGGCCAAGAAGGGCCCUGUGCUGCUGCUGCAGCACUCCGAGAGCCGGCGCAAGAGCGACCUGCUGCGGACGCUCACCUCGGGCUCCCGCGAGUCUACCGCCAGCAAGAAGAAGGCGGUGAAGGAGAAGCUCUCCAUCGAGGAGGAGCUGGAGAAGUGCAUCCAGGAUUUCCUCAAGAUCAAAAUCCCAGACAGGUUUCCAGAAAGAAAGCAUCCCUGGCAGUCGGAACUGCUGCGGAAGUACCACCUAUAGGUGGGAUGGUACCCAUUGCCAUUACAGUGGGAUACGGAGUGAUACGGAAAUGAUUCCCGAUAGUAAUUAUGUGUUAGGUCACAAAAGAAACAAUCCAUCUCUAUAGUACUGCCUAAUUUGCCUAUCUCACCUUAACAUUUAUAGUCGUAGGGUAACGAUAUUUUUCCAGUUGUGGAAGCACAAUGACAAAUGUUUUUCUUUGUCAACUCUGAGUCUUACGCAAGCAGAGUACCUUAAGGGCACACAGGGCCGGCAGCGCGCACUGCUUUGCUCUCUGGGGGUGUGCAGCUCCGUGCCCGGGGGCAGCAGGGCCAUGAGGGCAAUGUGCCGGGACAGCAUUGCCUUCAGCACCUGCAUGUGGGCGUGCACAUAUAUAUAUAUAUGUGUGUAUAUACAUCUCCGUGUAUAUAUAUGUAUAUAUAUAUCAGUAUAUAUUGCUGACACAUUGCCUGGCUCCCUCCUGAUCACUGCACUUUCUCAGGAAAGAGCGCUGUUAGCAGCUGUGGAUGGUCGGCUCUUUGCAAUCUCUGAGGGCUGCAGCAGAACCCCCUCGCUCUGUCUCUCUCUCUUCUUUCCCUUUUCUGAGGCACAGUGAAUGCAUUUCCCUGCAGAUAGGGAUAGGGCUCUCUGUUGCUGUGUUCCAUGUGUUUCUGGUGCUCUCUCGUUGUCCCUUGCCCUCGCUGUGCCCCCAGGCUGUGUGGGGGCUGUGGGCUCAGCCCAUGCUUGUGGCAGGGCAGGCACAGGAGGCUCCCAUCUGGUGUGGAAGCAAAUACUGGAGAUGAUCAGCCUGUUGAGACAUGCUUAAUGCUCUGACUGGCAGGGAAUGGGUCUCUGGGUCAGCAGCAGUGCUGUGCCAGCUGUGUGCGUUCCAGAGAACUGGAAAUGAACCGCAUGGAGUGUCCCUGGGGCUGCAGAAGGGGUGCACAGUGGCACCGCUGCAGAGGGAGGAACGAGCCCUGGGGUGCUCAGAGAAAUCAUCCAUUGUCAGACAGCACAAAAAGAGUGAGACAGACAGAUAUGGGGCUGGUUGGGAUGGGCAGCUUGUCUCAGACUUAUUUAGCAUCUUCCAGGCUCCAGAGCUCCUGAAUUUGAGACCGCCAUGGGAGAUGAUGUCAGUGUGCACAAGUUAUCUCUGCUGAUCCUAAGGCGGUUUCAGUGAGGGGUUCCUCUGUGCUUGCAGGGCUCUGUUGUUCCCACAUCAGGGAGCUUUUGGUUUGCCAGGAGGAUCGUAAGGGCUGCGUGAACAGAGCAUGGUAUCCAUGGUGCAGCUGCAGGAGGGUAUUGGUGAGGGUGCACGUGGACCUAUGUGGACCAAAUAAUUUUUUUCCCCUAUAUGUUUCCCCUAUAUUUUUCUCCUAUACGCACCACAAGGAUGCUUUACAGCGCUCUGGUGGACAGGCUGUGGGGUUUUAGUUCCAGCCUGGAAGUCGUUUUUUUCCUUUCUUUGCAAAGUUGUGUGCAGAGGGCAGUGCUGGGCUGCCCUGCUGGCAGUGACUGUGGUAGCUGGGACCCCCCCGUGCCCCCAAGUGCCCCCAGGCCCAGGAAGGACCCCCCCUCUCCCCCUCCCUGCCCCACAGCGCUGCUGCAUGCGGUGUUCUGAGCCCCUGACAUGUCAGCCCCAUGUGUACCAUGGUACGAACUACUUGUCCAGUCCUAUGGAUAGAUUAUGCCCCCGCGGGGUUUUGUAGAUUAAUAGUAAAAGAACAACGACAACGACAACUAAAAAAAAAAGCACUUUUAAAUUAUUUAUAUUAUAAAAAGACAUUCUUUAUUUUUCUUGGCAUCGAUAUCACUUAGCUACAAAUCAGUUUGUAAGAAUGCUAUUGCAGAUUUUAAUCUAUAGCAAUGACCAAGCACGGGAUGUGGCUCUGGGGCCGUGGUGGGGGUGGGGGCUGCGGCGGUGCCUCCCUGGCCCUGCUCACCCCACAGCCCGGACCUCACAUGGCACGCAGUGACUUCGCUGCAGCGGAGUCCAUCUAUUGCACACCGAUGUAGGUUAAGUGGCACCCACCGAAUUACCUCUUCUACUCUCCGACGUGGUUCACUUGUAUAUAAGUGUAAUGUCAACUUGUUUACAGGUUAUUUUGUGCUUAAUUGUGGAAGAAAAACUAAAGUUUUAACGACAAAUGUAAAGGAACCGAUUUGACUGGAAGGUGUUUAACAAUGAAUGUGCUUAAUGCAGUAUAGACAUCAUUGGUUGUGGUCUCACACGAAUGCAUGUAUCUCCGUGUCGUCAGUCCCCACCAGUGAGGUUAUUGGCAAUAUUCUGCGGUCUGUGAAUAGCAAAUACGCAUACACUGCUGUGACUCUGACAAAUAUAACUCAGUUACUGUUUCUACUGUGGUAUGUAAAAAAAAAAAAAAAAAAAAACAGAACAACAGCAACAACGAAGUAGCUUUUAGCCUGCUGUAUUUCCCUGGGACAGAUAACACCGAGAGAGAGCAUGGAAAUGGGGGGAAACAGCAGUGCCCGAGCAUGGCCUGGGGGCUGCUGGGGGCCGUGUCCCUCUGGAGGGCGUGGGGAGGUGCUGGGGGGUCAGGGAGGGGUUGGUUCUGUGGCAGAGAGCUGAGCUCUGCCUUAGUAGCCCAAUAAGCACAGAGUGAUGGUACAGGAAUGGGUCCUGCAUGGGUGGGUGUUAGCAGUGUGCUGGUGGGAGUGCAGCUGUCAGUGCUGUGCAUCGGGGGUGAGACGUGCAGCUGGUCAGUGCCGCUCUGUGCACACGUUCUGUGAGAGUACAGGCAGGGCUAAGUGAGUUGGUGCCCUUCACCUGCCACAUACACACAGAAAUUUGUAAUGGGUGCCUCCUCACCCGCUGUGAUUCCACAUUGCUCCAUAUGUACCAGGUCCCUGCAGAAUGGAGAUCACUCUCCCCCAAGGUUUUUGGUUUUGCCCCAUUUGUACCAUUGAGAAGCUGAAAGCAGCACAGAGCAACUGUGAGCUGCAGCCCUCCUCCCCCCACCUUAAGUAGAGAUGGGAGCACCGUCACAGCUGCAGCUCAUCUGGGACAGCUGGUGCUGCAUUGGGUUCACCUGAUGGAGCAUCCCCAAGAACACCAUGACAGCUUUCCUGUGCUCUGCAAGACACCCUGUGAUGGGAAGGCUCUGUCACAUUCCAGGGCCAGGACAGCUGCUGGGGCUGGGGGUGGCCCACCUCUAUACCCCCCUGCAGGGCCACUCCGGGUGGCAGCCGCUGGAUGUGGGCUUCCAUUCAUCCCCUCCCUGCGCGGUUUCUCGGGGUCACUGCUCUGCACCACCACGACUCCAAUGGGGUCAGAAAUGCUGGGGUGGAAGAGCUCGAAGAGCAGCAGCUGAGCGCCUGUGUGGCUGCGUGUUCUGAGGGGGGGUUUAAAAUUAUUCUUAAUCUUUGGUACUUGGCUGUUCCUCAGCAGAGCCCCUCCUGACGGCACCUCCUGCUCCUGCACCUCCCACACUGCUACGCCUCCUACACUCCUGCACUGCUGCAUCUGCACCUCCCACGCUGCUGCGCUUCCUACACUCCUGCACUGUUGCACCUCCUGCACUGCUGCACCGCUGCACCUGCACCUCCUGCACAACUGCACAACUGCACUUGCACCACCUGCACCUCCUGUACUGCUGUACUGCACCACCUGCACUGCUGCCUGGAGCAGCACUGGGGAGUACCGUGUGCUCAUCUUCGGGGAGGCCCAUCCAGAACCGGGUGCUGCUGUCAGGUUCAUUGGCUGUGCCACAGGGUCUGCGGCUGCGGGGCUGUGCUCAUGAGGACCCAGCAGCAGCCACCCGGUGCUGCAGAACAAAGCCAAUUAGCAGGGCUCCAGCUCCCUGAUAAUAAUUCUUAGGAGAAGAGGAACUGUUCUGGAAUACAUUAUUGUCUUCAUUUCUUUUCAUGUGCAAAGAAAUAAAAAGCUUGCCCUUCGCUGGCAGCCAGGGUGAGGACAAUCCAGUGGUAAUGAGAGAAGCCCUACUCAGAGGCAGUCCUGCCCUCUCCCUCCCAGCACACAGAAGGUUUGGGGGCUUCUGAUUGCCUCCCACCUCCCCUGAUGCCCCCAUAUGCCAAGGGGCAGCAGCACAGAGCCCCACGUUGCUGGAGGCUGCAGUGCCCAGGGGUGCAAGCAGGAGCCUCACAGGGUGGAUGUGAAGGAGCAGAGGCUGUUUGGAUUGCAGUACCUGUAUGAUAAUUACUGCAGACUUAAUUACCUCCCAUACACACUGCACAAAGUGCAUGGGAGGUAGGAGUGGUGUCCUUUGAUACCAGCUAGUGUCAGAAAAUAAUUUUAAUCUGCCUUACAACUAUAUAAUUAAAAGCACUUAUAUAUAGACGUAUCUACACACACACACGUGUAUCUCUUUCCUGUGCUGAUGGACCCACAACCGUUCUGCCCGGCGGUGGCAUUGACCCCCAUGGCCGGAGCAGUGGGGCUGAGUUACUGCUGUGCCCCAACACAGAGCACUGAGCUCAGCAGUGCCCAGAGGAGGAGGAGGAGGAGGAAGAGGCUGAAGCUCCUCUGAGGGGGCGGGGAGAUCUGUAAAUACAGCAGGUUAAAGGCUGGCAGUGUGACUGCAGUCUGUAUUUCAAGCAGAUGUUUCCCAUGUUUUGUAGUAUCGUUUUAUUGGUAAAUAAAAACCAACCAAAGACAAA